UAAACAAGAGGAGGUACGAGCAGCAGCAUCUGUGUGUCUCCUCUCUAUAAGAGCAGGAAGGGGAAAGCGUGUAACAAAGCGUCAAAGCUGUCCAGCGCGGCGCCCACAGGGCAGGCUCCAAGUGUACCAUACAGAGGAAGAAAGAAGAAAGAAGGACAGAUUCAUAUUUACCAAGUGAUAGAGUUCCAGGGAUAUUGAGAUUGCUGCAGAGUCUGACAUGCACUGGCAGAAACCGCCAAAGGAGAAGCUGUGUUACCCUCCACCCACUGUAAAGAAACUGCUGGAGCAGAAGCGCAAGCGAGAGACCACCUCUGCAAGCACUGGGACCCCCGCUGCCGGCCCCUCAGUGCCAACACCAGUUCAAGCUAUCCAACCAGGUCAGAGUAGCUUCCCUGAAAGCAUGGGUGCCGCUGGUCCUGUCCCCCAGACUGGGUUUAAUGAAUGGCAGCAAUCCCAGCAAUCUCCUCCCACCCAGCAGAACUACUACCCCCAGGAAGAAUAUUUCCAUUACAGCCCCCCCAUCCCCGGCACAUACCCGCCCAUGAGCAGCAGCUACGGCCCCGUGCAGACGCCCCCCGAAUUGCAUCAUUUUGAUGAACAUGUGUCAUCUCCAUUGGCAGCUAUGGCUUUGCCCCAAGCCUCCAGCUUCCACUGGCCACAGCAGACAGGAGGGCAGUGCCAGGGGACCUCGGGGAUCCACCUCUUCGGGGCAUCCGCGAUGCAGAUGGACGGCGGGCAGCUGGAGGCAGCCAGGAUGUUCAUCCAGAGAUUGGACAUCAGCAAGAAGGUGUGGCAGGACGAGGACGGAGACACGAUUCUGCACAUCUACACAGCAAAGGGCUUGAGAGAGUUUGCGUAUGCAGCUGCGGAGCACCUCCGUGAGCUGGGAAAGCUGGACUCUAAAGAGCACAAGGGGAAGACUCCUCUGCUGGUAGCAGUCACAGCCAAUCAGCCUGCGAUCGUCCAGGACCUGAUUUCUCUGGGCGCUGAUGUUAAUGCCUGUGAUAUCAAGGGGCAGACGGCUCUCCACCUCGCGGCAACGUAUGGCUUCCCUGCCGUCAUGCAGGCUGUUCUGUAUGGAGGACUAAGCAUGCCAGUUGAUCUGGAGAUUCGCAACUUUGAAGGCCUGACCCCGCUGCACUGUGCUGUCAUCUCUCACAGCUCCACCCUGAAGAGCCUGGCUUCCCAGCCAGAUGUGCAGAGCCAGGCCCAGGACAAGCUGAGCUGCAUUCACCUGCUCCUGCAGCACGGAGCUUCACCCAUCAGCCAGGAUAUAAAGAGCAAUAAGACUGCACUUCACUUGGCUGUGAAGGAGGGGAACUUGCCUCUGGUUCAAUUCCUCUUGGAGCUCAACUACCCUGAAAUGUACAACUUUGUCAACAUGAAGGCCCAUGGCAACACUGCACUGCACAUGGCGGCCGGGCUCCAUGGUCACUGCUACCAGGAGGACAUUGUGCGCCUGCUGCUGAGCCGGGGGGCCGAUCCCAGCAUCCGCAACCUGGAGAAUGACCAGGCAGCCCACCUGCUGCAGCCUGGAGAGAGGGGCGAACAGCUCAAGCACAUCCUGAAAAAGGGCAGAGUGAUGUCAUCCUCUCGUCGCAGAAUCGUCUCCUUAUAGGACAAACAUUGAUCCGGACUAUUUUCAGUCCCCGACGUAUCUUUCCGGCAUCUCCUGGAAGAAUGUACCGUAUCUCCCACCGAGAGCUUCAGAAUCCAAGUAGUAAUAUCUUCUUAUUUAUUAAACUGCUCAUGUACACGUUACUAAGUUAUGAUAUUUAAUAUUUGUGGUUUUUUUUUAUCGUCAGGUUUAUUCCAUUUGCUUUUAUUAGAAAGCUGGUUUUGAAUGUUAACAGUGUUUGUUGGAAAAUAAUCUUCAUGUAUUGUACUGCAUGCAAAAGAGUAGCUUUUACAGAAACCCGGUGAAGCAUUAGAGAAGGAUUUGCAUUUUCUAAUUCAAGCUGGCUUGCAAAGAGACGAUGGGUGAUUACAGUACUGCUGAGUUUGAUGUUUUUUACAAGACCUCUUCCAUGGUGGAGUUGAACUGUAAACAGGAUGAUAGUUAGAACACACUGAAGGUACAAUGGUGAUGCAGUUUCCUAAUAUUUCAUUUCCUUUAAUAUCCUAUUGUGAGCAUUCUGUACAAUUAUCUUCUGUUGUUUCUGCUCAGAUCAUCAUUUGCCAAACUUGCCAACCAUACUAACUGAUUAUGAGAAAGUGACAUGGGGAAGCAUGGGCUUCACAUACUAGCUUUGUUGCCCAACAGAAUGCUAAUAUGCUUCUCCUGCACCUCACUUGAGGAGUCUUUUCAGAAGCAUGUUUUUUUCUGGAAUAGUUAAUAAGCCUGGCAAAUAAUGAUCUAAGUGGAAUAUUAGGGACAUGUGGAGGUUAUCCCUAUAUUCACGCUCCUUAUUGACUUCACUAAAUACAAUACAUACCAGCUAUCUCGCUUCUUUUAAAACUGGCCUUCAGUGUGUUCAUUGUCUCUGUAUUGUAGUACAACAGCUUCACCAUUAGGAAACAGAGGAGGGGGGAGAUACUACUGGAUUGGAUGAAGAGAGAUCCACUAAAAAAAUUGUAACUAUUAUUAAUAUUUUCGUGUAAGUAGUGCCUGGAGAGCUCUCGUUGUUUGAAGGCUCUCUCCACAGUACCCCUGCUGGAAAAAUAUGGUAUUCCCAGGCAGUAUAAAGCCCCUAUGAAUCAGUAUGUGAUCCCCAAGGUUUGCAUGCCAGACUAAACAGGUAAAUAUAUACCUAACCAUGAGGACUCCCCCCCCCCCUCCUCAGAACAGAUCUGAUUUCUGUGAAAUCGUUUCAUUACAGCAACUUGGUGUGACAUCAAGACAGUGACUUAUUUGUGAAAAAGAAACAAGUAAAUAAAUAACUAUCUUAAUCAAAACACAAAAUUCCCCUCCCUGCUAGGAUCAUAUUGGUCAUGAUGGGAGUGAUUCAUGUAACUGUAUCAGUGCGGUAAUGGGCCUUCAGCUUCAAACAGGACUUUCUGUUUUCUUAUUUAUUUUAUUAGUUGUUUUUGUUGGUCUGUAAUGUGGUGUCAUUUCAUCUGCAAAUCCCUAAUGAAUCCCACAGGAAUAACACCUGAAUAUCUUCUGCACUUCCUCUGAGUUCAGAAGUCAUUCAUUUUGAAUUCAGCCCCCUGUUAAUUCCUGCAGAUUCAUUCCAUGUUUCUUUGUAACACAUGAUGUUGAUCACAUGUAUCAGGCAUGCAUUCAAACAAGGGGUUGUCCGAAUUGUUCAUUCAGGCAUUCAAAUUAUUAACAUCGUGUUGAGCAAUUAAUAUGUCACUUUCUAAUUUUAGUCCCAGUCUUCUCAAAAAUAACCAAUUGCACUCAACUGAUAACUCUCUCACCAUCCAAAACUAGGCUGUAACCCUGAGUUUUAUACAGUGUGUUACAUAAAACCAUAUAGUCACAGUGUAUUUGAAAAGACCCUCAUUUUUAAGGAGUAGUCUACAGGCUUUGUACAGGACCUCUAAUACUUAGGGAGCCAUCUCCUAUAUUGUAGGUGAUUUAGGGAAUCCGUCAGAAAUUGCAUCUAUGAUUUAAAGAAGCAGUUCUGGAUUCUGAUUUUUUUUAUAACAUUUAAUUGAUGAUCCUUAAUGAUUAGGGAGUCAUCUUUAUAUUUUCAGAUGUCCCCUAUUUUUUAAAGGGGCAGAUACAGAUUUAUAAAAGACUACAAGGUUUGCUAGGAGUGUUUCCUCCUCUGAUUUGGCAGAACUUUACAGAAUUAUUCAGAGAUGAUCCCUAAUAUUUAGGGAGUUGUCUUCCUUCUGUACAGCCUCCUUGUUUCCAAGGAGACGUUACAGAGUAUAGGCGUGCUCUUAAAUACUAGAUUAACCUACUUGAAUCUGCAAAGUCACGGACUUCAGACUUCAUUAAAAAUGAGAAUUGCGUGUCUUAACUGCUGCUGGUGGACCCACAGAAUUACAAACUGCUGUUUUCCCAAAUGUCAUGUUUCUGUCUGCUGUUUUAUAUAACAUGCCAUACAGUAUCAUAGUGGAACAGUACCAUAUUCUAAGUUUCAAUUACUGUUUAAUUCCAUAGUAACUACAUUUCGAUGGCUAAAGCGUCAUUAUCACUAAUAUAAAACAAAUGCAAACUUCUUAUAGAUUCAAAAUGGAUUAAAAAGUUGAGCAGCAUAUCAUAUGACAGUUUAAUGUUACUGAGAAUGUUCCUUUAGUUCAUGUUGCACUCAAUUUAAGUCAACAAAAAUCACAUUCAACAGGGUUAAAGAUUAAAGGUUAAAGGGUUAGGGAUGUUUAGGAGUUGUAACUGAUUUAUUACAUGUAACAGAUGUAUUCAAUAUCCAAACAGCUGAAGUACAUCCUUACUGGACAAGCUGUACUGCGAAUGUAUGUCAUUUUAUCCAUGAUUGUGCAAGGUCCAACAGGAGUACAGUUAUCAGUAAAGGUGUGAGGGUCAAAACUGUUGUACUCGUCCAACUGAAUGUAAACUUUCUGUGCAGAUAUUAAUGGAUUGCUUGUUCUCCACUGUAAGCAUUAAAAUGUAACAUUUCAAUCAGUUUGUUGUAUGAGAUAUUUUUGGGGUGUGAUGGGAGCUGCUGUAGACUUGGUUUUACCUCUGCAUUAUGGAUCAGAAGACCAGAAUUAAAGCAGAGGGAACACAGAGCCCUCUUUUCAGGAACAGUGGCUUCUUGGGAGACACAACAAUUAUAUUAAUAAUAAUAACAACAAUUCCAGUUGAAUGUCUAUUAAGCAAAGUGAAUGAUUGUGAUAUCAUGAAAGGGUGCUGCUUUGUGACGAGUACACUUUUCUGUGACUUAUCAUUUGAGUUGUUAGUGGUAUAGGUGUUUACA